AGUUCUGGGAGGUGAUCAGUGACGAGCAUGGCAUCGAUCCUACCGGCACGUACCACGGGGACAGCGAUCUGCAGCUGGAGCGGAUCAACGUGUACUACAAUGAGGCCACUGGUGGCAAGUACGUGCCCCGCGCUGUGCUCGUGGACCUGGAGCCGGGCACCAUGGACUCCGUGCGCUCGGGGCCCUUCGGGCAGAUCUUCAGGCCAGACAACUUCGUUUUUGGUCAGAGUGGUGCUGGGAACAACUGGGCUAAGGGGCACUACACAGAAGGCGCGGAACUGGUGGACUCGGUGCUGGACGUCGUGAGAAAGGAGGCCGAGAGCUGCGACUGCCUGCAGGGCUUCCAGCUGACCCACUCCCUGGGUGGGGGGACUGGGUCUGGGAUGGGCACCCUCCUCAUCAGCAAGAUCAGGGAGGAGUACCCCGACCGCAUCAUGAACACCUUCAGUGUGGUGCCCUCGCCCAAGGUGUCGGACACCGUGGUGGAGCCCUACAACGCCACCCUCUCCGUCCACCAGCUGGUGGAGAACACGGAUGAGACCUACUGCAUCGACAACGAGGCCCUCUACGACAUCUGCUUCAGAACCCUCAAGUUGACCACACCCACUUAUGGCGACCUGAACCACCUGGUGUCGGCCACCAUGAGCGGGGUCACCACCUGCCUGCGCUUCCCGGGCCAGCUCAACGCCGACCUGCGCAAGCUGGCUGUGAACAUGGUGCCCUUCCCACGCCUGCACUUCUUCAUGCCCGGCUUCGCGCCGCUCACCAGCCGGGGCAGCCAGCAGUACCGCGCCCUGACAGUGCCCGAGCUCACUCAGCAGAUGUUCGACGCCAAGAACAUGAUGGCCGCCUGUGACCCCCGCCAUGGCCGCUACCUGACGGUGGCCGCCGUGUUCCGGGGCCGCAUGUCCAUGAAGGAGGUGGAUGAGCAGAUGCUGAACGUGCAGAACAAGAACAGCAGCUACUUCGUGGAGUGGAUCCCCAACAACGUGAAGACGGCCGUGUGCGACAUCCCGCCACGCGGGCUCAAGAUGUCCGCCACCUUCAUCGGCAACAGCACGGCCAUCCAGGAGCUGUUCAAGCGCAUCUCGGAGCAGUUCACGGCCAUGUUCCGGCGCAAGGCCUUCCUGCACUGGUACACGGGCGAGGGCAUGGACGAGAUGGAGUUCACCGAGGCCGAGAGCAACAUGAACGACCUGGUGUCCGAGUACCAGCAGUACCAGGACGCCACGGCCGAGGAGGAGGGCGAGUUCGAGGAGGAGGCGGAGGAGGAGGUGGCCUAGGGCUGUCUGGGACGGGAAGCGCGGAGGCCAUGAGAACUCUUUAUUCACUCCCAGCCUGUCCCGAUAGCCAGUCUCGCUGUGUGCACCUGCUCUUCUCCCUGUCUCGACAUCACAGCUGUACAGACAUCACCAUUAAAGCAUUUUCAUAGUG